GUUACCUGCCAAGAUCUGUCCAUUAAUAAUAAGAAACGAAGUCUAAGUAAGUAACACCUGUCUAUUACUUCUUACCCUGCGUGGGAGGAGUUAAAAGGGGAAGAGAAAUGAGGAAAUCGGGCGUGCGAGGAGAGAGGAAAAAAAACGCCUGCAACGACGGUAUUGUUUUCACCAAGACGACUGUGAAUUGUUUGGCUGUCAAAUAACAUUUCAACCGAAAAGUAUUGCGCGGGGACACUCACUCAACGUCGUUUGUUGUGUUUAUCAAACGAUUUUGAAAAUCGAAUACAACAACACAAUUUGUUCAAACCAUCGCUGAGGAGAUGUAAUCCAGUGUAAUUCGUUUGAAAAUAGUCGUCCAGGUUUAAAAAUUCCCCAUGAUCAAUUAUUGAUCCUACUAUCCACUGCAAGUCUCGGAUUCAGUGUAAUGAUUCGCAGGCAACUGAUGGUGAUGAUCAGUUUCAUCACCAAUGCACCAAAUAGAAGCGAAGUUGGACUAAAACUAACGAUAAAUAAUAUGUUCGACUCUUAUCAUGGAAAUUCGGACACCUUUUCCCAGAAUUUUCUGUUUUCGCUCGUAUUUUUUUCGUUGGCUAAUUGCAUGUACAUUUGUUCAUAAAUCUACAGUUGCUACCUUAAUCACUCAAAAAACCCCAUCUACUGUCGCUGAAGUAGGGGAAAACGUGAUCUUACCAUGCCAUACUGGUCUGCCACUACCAACGAUCACGUGGCGAAGAGCGUUUGGUUCCUUGCCGAAAGGGAAGACUGCAGUAGUCGAUGGAAACUUGACAAUUCGCAACAUAGCUAAAACUGACAAGGGUGAUUACGUGUGUUCAGCAAAGAAUUUACUCGGACAGGACUCCGUUGUUGCUCAGUUGAUAGUGAUUGACAGGCUCACAUUUACCCUUACUCCUCCCCGGAAAGUCACUGUAUCACCGUCAAGCAACUUAGUGCUAAACUGUGCCGCUCAAGGUAACACAGAGAUCACGUGGAAGAGAACCGGAAAAGGCUUACCUCACAGCCACUUUAUUUAUUUAAAUGGAACUCUGGUCCUCAGGAGCGUGGUUACAAACGAUGCCGGAACAUAUACUUGCGUGGCCAAGAACGCUCUUCGUUCUGUUGAGACGACUUCUGUUGUUGAAGUGUACAACAAACCUUCGUCCUGUAGCAGUAUAAAAUCAGGCCACAGUGGAAGCUCUUCAGGUAGUUAUAUUAUUGACCCUGAUGGCAAAGGAGGCGUGGCUCCGUUCAGUGUGUAUUGUGAUAUGAGUGACGAGGGAGCAGUUGGCGUGACAGUCAUAAGUCACGACAGCGAAAGUAGAACCCAUGUGAAUAGUGUCAGUCCUGGAUGUGGUACUGCAGGUUGUUAUAGGAAAGAUGUGACCUACACUGGAGUUAGCACCGCUCAGUUGGCAGCAGUUACUCAAGUCUCAAAGAACUGUGAAGAGUUUAUCAAGUUCGAAUGCAAUAAUGAUGUUCAAUUUAAACAGGGUAAUGGUGCCUGGUGGGUGUCACGUGACGGAACACGUAUGAACUACUGGGGUGGAGCUACGGGAUAUAACAACACGUGCGCAUGCGGAGUAACAAACUCUUGCUCCAGUGGUAACAAUUGUAAUUGUUACAACAGUGGCAGCGGCUGGAGAGAGGACAGCGGUCUGCUGACAGACAAGUCUACUCUUCCUGUGACUCAGAUCAGACUGGGAGACUUGGAUCAUUCAAAUGAGGAAGGUUAUCACACAUUAGGCAAACUCAAAUGUUAUGGACAGGCAUGA